AUGGCAGCUCCUCAGGGGCCACAGGGGUUCCAGGAGCCCCAUGGUGCUGGUGCUGCGGUCCCAAGUCCUGCACCAGCAGCAGCAGCCAGCGGAACAGCAGCAGCUACGGCUGCACCUCCCGUUGUUGUACCAGCAGCAGCAGCAGCACCAGCUCCUAAUGCAGCAGCAACAUCACCAGCGGUCGCUGCAGCGGCAGCACCACCUGCAGCAGUGACGCCAGCUGCUGGAGGAACUGCAACGCCAGCUUCUGGAGCAGCAGCAGCACCAGUUGCUGGGAUAGCACCUGCCGCAUCAGCAGCACCAGCCGCCGCACCAGCAGCUGCUGCAGGUGCAGCACCAGCAACACCAGCUGCCGCAGCUCCUGCUGCAUCUCCCGCCACGGCUGCUUCUGUGCGGGGGCAGCAGUGCAUUCAGUUGCUGCAGUCGCAGCUAAGCAGGAGUGCGCUGCAGCUCAUAGGGAGCAGCAGCAGCAGCAACAGCAGCGGCACCACGGAUACCAAGAUCCUAUUGCCGCAGCAGCGGCCUUUGCUGCAGCAGCAAACGCUGCUGCAGCGGCCGCCACUCUGCAGCGCCCCUGGUCUUCCGCUGUACACAGCAGCGACUGUUCCGAGCCAUCCGCUUCUCAAGCAGCAGCUGCCACUCCCGCAGCAGCCAGCCGCGACAGCAGCAGCAGCAGCAGACGCAGCAGCAGCAGCCGUGGGUGCAUCAGCAGCAACAGACACAGACGCCGCAGCAGCAACCACGGCAGCAGCAACCGUGGCAGCACCAGCAGCAGCAAGCGCAGCAACAGUGCAGCGGCAGCAGCAGCAGCAGCAACAGCCGCAGCAACAGCAGCCGCGCCAGCAGCAGCAACAAAAACAGCAGCUGCAGCGACAACAGCAACACCAACAACAACAACACCAACAGCAGCCACGACAGCAACAGCAACAACAGCAGAGCAGUCACUGCAGCGGCAGCAGCAGCCACUGCAGCAGCAGCAGCAUCAGAAGCAAGAGCAGCUGGGACAAAGCCAAAGGCAGCAGCAGGCGUUGCAUCAACAACAGCAGCAGCAACCAAAGUCUGUGGUAG